UGUCGAGGCAGCGGGCCCCGCCUGCGGGCUCCUGGCGCUCGGGGAGGCGGGCCUGGGGGCUCCUGCCUGAGGGAAGCGGCAGCGGUGAAGCGAAAGGAAAGGUAUUGAGACAGAAAAAGCAGAUUUGUAUCGGGGACGAUUUUUCGGUACCUUUAUUCUCAGUUGUAUAUUUAGCAGCACAUACUGACUAGCGAAAUGUCCUCAAAGAAGAAAAUGAAAGGAAGUCAUUCUAGAAAUAAAUUAAAGGAACACAAAGCUAACUCCCAGCCUCGGAAAUUAUUUUCACCUGAAGAACCAGAUGUCUCAAGGAUAUUGAAGGUAGCGGAAACAAAUCAACUUGAGCUUGAGGAUUCAUUUGAUCACCCUUUGCACAGUACUGCUGUGGACGAUUAUGGAGAGGAAGAUUCACAAAAUGGGUCACUUAGUCAUGUUUCAGCACCUCAAAGGAAAAGUACAGGAAGAAGUAAAAAAACAUAUUGCACAAAACCAGCUGCUGGUGAUGUUCAGAAAUGCAACACAGCUGAUCCUGAAGACGAACCCCUUAAGAAGAACGUGAAGGCUCUGAAUACUACUCAAUUCCAGGCGAAAAAGAAGCGGCCUUCAGAGAACACAUCUGAUCCUUCUGUGGAUAGCCCAUGUUCUAUACAGGUUUGGGGCCCCAAAGAACUGAAGAGAUCUCCUAGAGACAUUACAGAACUGGAUGUUGUUCUGACUGAAUUUGAGAAGAUAGCAACAAAUUACAGACAAAGCAUAGAAUCAAACAUUUGCAGAAAAGCUAUCAAUGGCUUCUGUUCUGCUUUCAAGGACCAAAUCACUGAUCUUAUAGUGGAAGUCCAGGAAUUAAAGAAUAUGAAGAAAAAAAAUGCUAAGGUAAUAACAGACAUCAAAAAGAAACGGCAGAGACUGUUGCAACUCAGAGAAGAGCUAAUUGGAGCUGAAGCACAACUGAUACAACUACAAAGAGAAUAUGCUGAGGUACAAGAAAGGAAAUCUUCCUUGAGGCAAGCAACUGAAUUACUUAUUGAUUUAAAGGAGCUACAGCAAGAGUGUUUGCAUUAUAGAGAAGAAAACCAAAAAGAAAAAGUGGUAUAUGGAACUUCCAGCCUCCCUGCUCUUCUGGUGGAGUCUCAGAGAAUUCUAGGAGCAGAAAGACACUUUCAGAAUAUUAAUAAGAAACUAGAAGAAGCUCUGGCUGUGCAAAGAGGGAAGUUAUCAAAGAAACAUUAAGCGUUAAUAGUCUUUCUGACAUUUGUUAG